GGUGAAUGGGACCAUUCCAUGAAUUGCAGGCGAGGCAGCCUCUGUGCGUCUCAUUCUAUACGCUUGCGGCUAAAAAAACCCUCUCUCUCUCUCUCUCAGAGUUGUUUUUAUGACUCGUAGCACCUGUUUGGUGUUUUGAGCCUGUGUGUUCACUGUGGUUCCCCUGCUCUGUGGAUAUUUAAGGCGUAGGAGGUCUGCUGAGACUGUGUUCAGAACAAGGGAGGUGGUAGGAGACGUUACACACAAAACAGUCAGUCACAGGCGUACACAGGGGCCUGGUUGGUUUGUCGGUUGUUCUUUCCUGUCCAGAGCGCUGUGGAAGGUUAGCAGAAGAUGGACUUACUUCCGCUGGAAGCGCUGCUUCCAGAGAGAGAGAACCCACACGCGGUGAAGAGAGAGCCGCCGUCGCUGACGGCGAAGACCAAGACGAAGAGAUCCCGGAUGGGGUGUCUCAGUUGCAAGAAGCUCAAGAUCAAGUGUGACGAAGCGAAGCCGUCGUGCGAGUAUUGCACGCACACAAGCAGAAUAUGUGUUUAUCCUGUGGUUGUUGAUAAGAAGAAGCCGACGAGGAAGAAAUCUGGCCUGGCGGGAUCUCCAAGGACCCCCGACGUGAUCGACUUGUCGUCGCCGUUCAUCGUGAGCCUGAACUCGAUGCAGAAGCAGAUGUCCGUGUCAAGGUUCGAGCUCAAGCUGCUGAGGUUCUACAUGGAUUUCGGUGGCGGCCUGUUCACGGCGAACAAGUCGUCAAAGGUGAGAGCGUUGUUUGAUGUCGACGCACCAAGGUUGUGGCAACAGUACGAGCUGGUGAGAAGUGCCAUAUACUCGUGCGCAACGCUCUAUCUGUGGAAGUUUUAUGAGAUGAACUAUUUAUCAAACGUUUAUCUGACAGAGGAUCAGCACCUCGUUUUGCAGUCAUGCAGCGGUGGAACAGCAACCAAUAGUCUCUAUAACAUCACGGAGAACUAUCUCAUGAGUACGAUGAACUUGAUGAAAGAAAGCAUUGCGAAGCUGCACACGGAUGUCGAUGAGGACACGGUCGGCGCGCUCAUGCUUUCCAAUGUCAUGAUGUUUGCUGUGCUGAGCAUCCAUCCGAUGUCUCCUGCUAUGCUUGUGAAGUACCAUGGCUCAAGCAGUCUCAUGAACGAUAUCCUUGAAAUCAGCUCAGGAAUAUUCCAGAUCUACAGAUCUCGGGCCAAGAUGUUACAGGGCUCAAGAUACAAGCUGCUCUUAUAUGAGGACGAGCUGAGUAUCGUGCCACCUCCGGGUCAAGAAACAUUAUUCCCCUUUGUUGCUAACUUGAGGUCCUAUCUGAACAACGUCGUUACCAGUAUCGAUGGAAACUUCACAGCAUACCACCAGGCAGUCAAUGCCAUUGACGACUGUUGCUAUAGGGCUUUGGCUUUUAACUACGUCUUACCCGUGUUACGUGGUAUGAUGGUGUUGGCAGACAACAUAAACUUCGUCUCACUCAUACGUUCCAGGGACUUCAUCGCCAUGAAGAUCAUGUACACAUACUGCUGUGUUGUUUCGAUAUGUGGAAUCAAGAUGUUCCACGAUGUCAGCGUCUGGAACUCUUACAUCGAGGAGUUCAAGGUCAAUUCGGAGCUCAUGUUUGGUGGGUUUGAGGAUGACUUUGACAGAUGUCUCUACCACCAGGUACAACAGAGGAUUAUGUUCAGAACAAGAAGGCUAGGAGAGGAACAAAAGGUGGCUGGCAAGCCAUUCCUGGAUCCUAGAGAACUGAGGCUUAUCGGCACGACAUUGCCUUUGGAGAGCGAGAUGCCAUACCAAUAGUACGAAUAUCUUCCAUUAAUAAUCGCUAUUCAGCAGUACAAUACAGCCAACUCGUCAAUUGAACUGUAGGCACAUUCCACAUAUGUACAACGUGUAUAGCAAUUCUUGGUUUAAUUUGAAUUCCAGGCCAUGGGUUGGCAAAGGUGUAUAUGCGGAGACCUGCAAAGUUCCUUCCACUGGGGAAUUUGUUCAAUAACGGCAGCAAGCAUAGUGGAGUCGUUCCCUUGAGAGUCACCGUGUUACACGUUGCUAAGUCAUUGACACGGUGUAGCCAGUUGUGCUGAACCUGCUUGAGCCGGGAGCAGCACUAAGUACAUAAUUUAUGUUCCCUUAGUAAUAACUAGAAAGACUUCA